ACUGCAAAGCGGUUAUACCCGAAGGGGAGCAGCCCAGUCGAUCCCCAUCCCCUUUUACCCCUUCUUCGAGCCACUCGGUCGCCUUCAUUUUCGUCUUCAACCUUCUUCAUCUCCGAAGCUCCGAUCUCUCCUCCGCCCUCAGAAUCUCAGCUUCAAGAUGACGGAGUCACCUUUCAGGCCAAGGGAGAAGCUUAUUGAGAGGCAAAAGUUCUUCCAAAGCAUUCACAAGCACACAUACCUCAAGGGACCUUAUGACAAGAUCACCUCCGUCGCAAUUCCUGCUGCUCUUGCGGCAACCGCAACCUUCAUGAUCGCACGGGGGAUCUAUAACAUGUCUCACGGGAUCGGGAAGAAGGAAUGAUUCUCUGAGCAGUAGUUUGGUUAAGUCUUGGACAAAGUUAUAUUUCCGAUUUGCCUUCUGUCUAAUAAUUGCAUAGUUGCAGACAUGUUUCCGUGCAAUGGAAGCUGACAGCUUACUCUUAGGUGGCAAUGUUUCUUGCUGCCUUUGAUUCUUUUUGUGACAUUGUGAAUGAAUUCCAGUACUCUGUUCCGAAUC